UCUCCGCCACUACCGCUCGCUUCCACCGCCGCUCUCUUCCAUCCUGACUGCCUCGGUUCUUAGACCACUCCUUGCACGCACCAGGCUUGCCCAACUUACGCACAUGACUAGUGGGAGCAGUGCAUCUCUUGUGGACAGUCUCUCUCCCCCUCCGGCUAGAGAGAUCCCCUCUACAUUCCUCGCGAGUGUUAAGAGCUGGUGGAACGCAGGAGACAAAGAAUCAGCGGCCAGUGAAGAACGAUUACUCAGGAGACUCCCUUACUUCCAACCCGUCGGCUCUUCUCCCGCUACACCAGACCAUGCUAGCCCCGUCGUAGCCCACAGUUCCCGGGUCGACCUCGAUGACCCCAAGCAUUAUCUCAACACCCUUGCAAUGACAGCCACCACGCCUUCCGCGGAGGCGCCGCCUCCCGCAGUCCUGCUGCACGGCUAUGGUGCUGGUCUGGGCUUCUUCUUCCAGAACCUCCCCGCACUCGGAGAUUGGGCGGGGAAGCGUGGCAGCUCCGUGUUCGCCGUCGACUGGCUAGGCAUGGGCCGCUCUGCCCGCCCGCACUUCCACGUUAAGGCGAAACGGGAAGAUAUCGACGGCCGCGUGACCGAAGCGGAGACGUUCUUCAUCGACUCGCUCGAGCAGUGGCGGAAGAAGAUGGGCCUCGAGACGAUGACGCUUAUCGGGCACUCCCUCGGGGGCUACCUAAGCAUCGCCUAUGCGCUCCGUUAUCCCACGCGCGUGCACAAGCUCAUCCUCCUAUCGCCCGCGGGCAUCCCGCGCGACCCGAACAGCACCGUGCCCUCGCGGGAACUGGACCCACAAACCACGGGUGCCACCGACAAAGACCACCCUGAGCCCGCAAGCGCGGACCGCGUCAAAGAGCUGAAGACGAACCAGGAGGAGGCUCGGCGGGAGGAGUCCCGGGGCCGCAAGGUCCUGACCUAUCUCUGGGAACAGGGCUGGAGUCCGUUCCAGGUCGUGCGCUCGACGCUGUUCUGGGGACCUAUGCUCAUUGGCAAGUACUCUACGCGGCGGUUUAUCGGUCUCAGCGAAGACGAGACCCGUGCGAUGCACGCCUACAUCAUGAACAUCACGCUCGCAAAGGGUUCAGGGGAGUACUGUAUAUCACAUCUGCUCGCUCCGGGAGCACACGCUAGACGGCCCAUGGUAGAUCGGAUAGCCGCCUUGAAGAUUCCAGUAACGUUUGUCUACGGAGACCACGACUGGAUGGACCCAGAAGGUGGCAAGGAGUCCGUUGAGCGACUCCGCCAGGCGGGUAAUGGUUUCGGAAGAAUGUACAUGAUCCCCCACGCUGGCCAUCACGUAUACCUGGACAACCCCAAAGCAAUGAACGAUCUGCUCGUAAAGGAGCUGGACCGUCCUGCUGGCUCGGGCCGCACAUCUUACGCUGCAUAAAUGGACAUUAUCCAGGACCUGUUGUACAUUGUUUUCUCUCCUUACUGAUAGAGUGGGCUGUUGGUUGCUCUCAUGUUACCCAUUGUAUUAAUCCCAAGGACCGUAAUCUGUUCCGCACAGCACUCGCACUCGUGGACGAUCGAAUGCCAGCCCAACGUCAGGCGCUUAAUCUAUUCACUCUUUCCAUCCUACGCUGUUGUUCGUAUAACUGCUCAUACCUCCGUUUGCAUACACGGGUAUUUUCGAUGCCUCUAGAAGCCGUAAUACGCCCUUCUCGCAC